CAAAAAAUUCUCAUCGUGUAGUCGCGAGAAAAGGAAGCGUCGCAAUUUUUUUUCCCAAUUUUUCUGCAAAUUAAUACAAUAGACAAUUAUUAAACGACCACAGUAACAAGACAUAUUCAUUCCAUAGGCAUUCAUUAGUGUAUAGUGAUAAAAAAAAAUGGCAACAGCAAUGGAUCUUGCCGGUCCACAAGAAGUAUUAACAAAUAUUCUAACACAGGAAGAGUUGGAACAGACACCCAAAGGUGUACAAGACAAACUAAAGAAAUAUCUAGACGAGUUUUUCGACGAUUAUUACAAAGAUAAAGCUGCCGCAAAUCGACUACACGAUUACGAGUUGAAGACUGAUGAACUUCAAGCUCAGAUCCAAGACUAUGAGGUUAAAUUGCAAAACUUCAAUCAAAAUGUUACCGAACUACGUUCCCAGUUGGAUACCGUGUCGACGGAACGCAAACAACUCUUGGAGACCACAAGUUCCUACGAAAGAGAAUUGGCAUCGCUGCGCAAUGACAAAAAGGCUGUGUGUGAUGAACGUGAUCAUCUUUUGAAGGUGAUUGAACGGCAGAACAGUGAAGUCGAACGUUUGCAGCAGGACUUGAAGGCGUACCAGCAACAAUUGAAAGCUGCCAUUGGUGCCAAAUGUGAAGCCUUAGCCCGCGUCGAUGAAAUCGAAGGCAAAGAGGUAUCAUUGGACUUCAAAGAGCGCCGCAUGGAACAGGAACGGGAAAUGUUGCACAAACAAAUACAAACACUGACACAAGAUCUGAAUCGCAACAUAUCGGAACUGCAAAAUAUACGACGGGAGAACACCAUGAACAGCAUGCAGCUGGAGGCCAGACUCUCGGAAAAGACUGAAGAAUUGAAAAUCAUCCAUCUGCAAUGCUCACAACAGAAAGACACCAUUGAGCGUCUGACUCAGAACGUUCAGGAUUUGUCCUCCAAGAUUCUGGCUCAAAAUGAGGAGGCUCAAAAGAUGAUGGACUUUUACAAAAAGGAAUUGGAUGCCAAGACAAAGCUGGCGGAUCUUUACAAGAGCAACUGUGAGGAUACGGACAUGGAACGCACCGAAUUGACAGCAGCCAUAUCGGACUUUAAGAGAAUGUUGGCCGAAGCCAGUGAUCAAUAUGGAGAACUGGAAACCAAAUUAAAGGCCACCCAACUUAAGCACGAAGAGGAAUUGGAGGAGAGACAGAAAGCCAUCGAUGCUCUUAAGGAAGAAAUUAAACAUGCCAAUGAAUUGCUGAAGGAACUGAAGGCCGAAAGCGUGGAGAGUGCCAUUUCCAAAUUGGCUCCCACUGCUGCAGUGGCUUCGCGCCUAAUACGCACUGAUAUGUCUCUCACCGAAUUGUAUUCCUUGUAUGUGAAGACCAGCGAGGAGUCCGAACUGCAGAAACGUGAAGUGGCACGUCUCAAUCUGCAACUGAAGACCAUCUUGAGUGAGCUCAGUGAGAAUGGUCCCCUGGUUAAGAAGCAGGAAUUGGAAUAUGAAAAGCUCUUGGAAACCAAUAACAUACUUGCCCAGCAGCGCGAUGAAAUGUUGGCAAAGAAGACCGAUUUGGAGGAAUUGCUAAUGGAGGCCCAUGCCAAGAUCAGUCACAUGGACAGGGAAAAUAAGAAGCUCAAACAUUCACAAACCGAUCUCAGUCGCCAGGUGUGCUAUUUGUUGAAGGAAGUGGAGCAACUGCGCAUAGGUCUCACCCCGGAUAGGGCAAAUAUGAGCUCCUCCUAUGGCAAUAUCAGCACAACUGAUGAGGUGAUUUCCAAGAAGCUGGUCACCUUCCACGACAUAGCCGAGUUGCAGGAGAACAAUCAAAAACUUUUGCUGUUGGUACGCGAUCUCAGCACUAAACUUGAAGAGGCUGAAACUCUAAAACAAGAAAUGGAUGAAGCCGCUUAUCAGGAGAAACUGGAAAGCUACGCCUCCAAAUUGCAAAGCAUGCAGGAUACUCUGAACCAGCAGAAUAACACAGUGGCCACUUUAGUCUCCAAAUGUGAGCGCUACAAGAAGUUGUACUUUGAGCUACAGCGCAAAUUAAACAAACAGUCGGCCUCCUUGCAUGGCGAUAUGAGUGAGAACGAUGAGGAGGAAGACCAACAAAUGGACGAUGGUGAUGAGACGGCUAACAUCACCUCGCAGUCUCCCAUGAAUAGAAGUUCCAGAGCCAGCAGAGACUAUGAGAAACGCAUCAAGGAUUUGGAGCAACAGGUGCAGGAUUCCAAAGAUCAAUACAAGACCCUGAAGGAACAGUAUGAGUACUACUCCAAGGAGAAGAAGAACAACGAGAAGAUACUCAACGAACAGUUUGACUCGAUGCGCUCCGAGGUGAGAGAGUUGACCUCGACCAACUGUAAACUGAUGUCCUCUUUGGAAUAUCUUAAGGAACAGAUAAAGCUGCAGCAGAAGAACAUUGCCACCUACAAGCAGCAGAUAACGGCCUUGGAAGACCGCAACAAGAACUAUGAAAACACCAUCGUUAAGCAUGAGCAGACAGUGCUCUACCUCAAGGAUGAGAUAAUGAAGUGUCAACGACAACAAUCUGCCGCCGAAUCGGAGGCCAGUCGGGUGCGGCAUGAGAAUCGUAUUCUAAAGGACACUGUGGGUCGUUUGCAGUCCGAAAAGGAAGCCUAUCACCGUGAGCAGCAAAGUCAAACUUUGUUGUUGAACAAUUUGGAGUUGAUCAAAUCAAAUCUGGAGAGAUCGGAAACGGAGGGCAAGGCUCGCCUCGAACAAAGGUUGGAUGAAACGGUAAGGGAGUUAUCGGCUCAGCGUAGACGUUUCCAGGAGGAAGAAGAUCGUUUCCGUGAAACCACAAAUGAUCUGAAGCGCCAGACUGAAUCGGCCAAAAAGCUAAUGCAGGAGGAGAAAGAGCAGGCCGAUAAAUUGCGCAUGGAGUUGAUUAGUGUACGCGAGGAACUAACCACCAAGACCCAACAGAUUGAUGAGCUCAGCAAGAAAUUGCAGGAGAGCUUGACGCCCUCAAAGAACGACAACCCCAUUGCUUUGGCCAAUAAGAAGGCCCGUGAGUUUGAGGUGAAAUAUGAAGAGGCCAAGAUCGAGAUCGAAUCUUUGCAGACCAGUUUGAAAAAGGCCAAGGAGCAUGCCGACCAAUACUACAAAAUGUCCCAGAAUGCCGAAUCCGAAAUUAAGCAGCUGCACGAAUUACACUCCUCCUAUGUGGAGAAGGCUGAGGCCGAAAUCAAGGAUAUGUGUACAGCAGAAGCGAAUCUUAAGUCACGCAUCACCGAACUGGAGGCUGACUUGCAAUUGGUGGCAAUGUCUGAGGCUAAUGUAGCCCCCAACCAACCAGCCGAGCAGGUUAAACGUUUGCAGGACGAGCUGAAGGACACUCUACAGAAACUGAGUGAAUGUAAUCGCAAUUUGAGAACACUGCGUUCGGAAAAUAUCACCCUCUCGGAAAAUCUGAAUAGUGUCGAAUCGAAAUAUGCCAAUGAAAUGAUUUUGCAUUCAUCAGACAUACAGGAAUUGGGAAAAGUCAAACAGGAAUUGGUUAAGGUUCAAGGUCAAAUCAAUGAAAUCAAAUUGGAUCGUGACAAUGCCAAAUCGGCUUUGGAUAACAUCAAGAAAUCCCAGGAUGAAUCAUUGAUCUUGCUGCGCAAGGAGAAGGAGGAAUUCGAGAAACGUUUGGAAGAUUUGAAUUCUCUUAAUUCCAAUUUGCAUGACCAGGUGGAGGCUUUAUCGACCAAGCUAACCACCCUUAGUCAAACGACGACAGCUAUAACAACAUCCGCUGCCAAUGAUUCAAUUAUGGACACCUCCACCAACGAAGGAAAUCGUUCUAUGCUGGAUGCCGAAGCCGAGAAUAAGAGCAAUGAACAGUUAUUGCAGAUCAUCAAGUUCUUGCGUAAAGAAAAGGAUCUCACCUUGGCCAAAUUGGAUAUUCUGAAAGCGGAAAACACCCGCCUACAAUCCGAGUUUAGCAUUUUGCAAAAGAAGAAUGAUGAAUUGCAGGACUUCCUCAAUCGUGAGCGUGGUAAGACCGAUACCAAUCUGGUAUCAGCCUCCAAACAUGAGGAAAUUCUACGCAAGAUUGAAACCCUUAAUGCAGUGACUGACAGCAAUCGUGUGUUGCGUGAAGAACGCAAUGCCCUAACGCAGCGCGUCAAGGAAUUGAACGAUCGCAUCAGCGGUUUGGAAGAUGAGCUCUUCCCUCUGCAAAGUCAAAAUCGUGACUUGAACACCAAGAUUGAGGAGUUGCAAUCGGAAAAUGGCUCUCUGCGCACAGAGGCCUUGAAAUGGCGCCAACGUGCCAAUGUCUUGGUGGAGAAGAGCAAUAAGAAUCCCGAGGAAUUCAAGCGCUUGCAAUCGGAACGCGAGAAUUUGGCCAAAAUGUUAACAGCCGAAAAGGAACAAAUCAAAUCUCUUACCGAGGAGUUGCAAGCACUCAAGGGCGAGAAGGCACAUUUCGAUGGUGAAUUGGCUUCGCUGCAGCGUCAGGUACAUAUGCUGACCGAAGAAAAGAAGAGCCUUGCAGCCGAUAUCACCACCUUGAAAUUGACCAAUUCACGACUCAUGCAAGAGGUCAUGGAAAUGAAGAACAAACUGCUGAGCAAGGAAGAGUCCGUACAGAAAAUCACCGACGAUCUACAGGCGAAAGAACAAUUGCUGCAAGACUCCAAGAACAAGGAGGUGCAGAUACGUAAAAUUGCCAAGCGUUACAAGGACUCGUAUCUGGAGUUGUUGAACAAGACGCCAGCUUCAGCUGCAGGCGGAGAGGGAGGUAACAAUGCCAACAGUGGUGCUGCAGGUCAGGAUAAUGUUGACAUUCAAGGCGGUGCCGCCGGGGAGGCAGCUGGCGCUGCCACUAAUGCUGAGGUGGAACAAAUGCGAACCACCAUUGAAAGCCUUAAUGGAGUCAUACGCACCAUGCAAGAAGAAAAUGAGAAGGUGCGCAAGGACUAUGAGGAUCUCAAGGCCUCUGUGGAAUUGGAUGAGCGCACCAAGACACUGUUGCGUGAGGCCAAGAGUCACAUUGUCAACUUGACAGAAUCGCGCAACGUGGUGAGCACCGAGUUGGCUGCCACCAAGACCAAGUUGUUGCAAAGCAACGAAGCCCACGAGGCCAAGAUCAAUGAAAUCCAAGCCCAAUACGAUGCCACUCUGCAGCGCCUAGAACGUGAGCUUAUGGAGCAGAAUAACCGCAAUAAGGAAGACUUGCAGCGUUUGACUCGGGAAAAUGAGUCGUUGAUUAUGCGCAUAAAUCAGCUCAAUCGUCAAUUGGGAUUGCAGCAAUCGGCAAAGCCUUCCACCAGCUCGGGCGCAAUUUCCGAGAAGGGCACCAUCUCCGAUUCUUCACCACGCACAGCCAAUGUGAAACCAAUGUCGGGUACAGCCAGUGUACAACAAUCGGCCACUGUUACCCCUUGGAGGGGUGGCGAGACGCCAUUGGCCAGCAUAAGACCCAUAUCGGUGCAAAACACUCGUACUGCGGCCAUAUUGCCCACUUCUCAGCAGAGCUCUGCGGGCUCCACAGCUGUGGUGGCGGGCACAUCGACAUCAACUUCUUCCACAUCGUCCACUUCGACACCAUCGUCGACACCCAGCUCUGCUACAGGCAGCAGCAAUACAGCUUUGGUGCCACCUCAGCAGCAAGUUCACACCACAGGCAGUGCUUCGUUGGAGACCAUGUCCUCGUCGCCCACAUCAUCGCACACCGACUAUAUGCCCUCGACCAGCAGUUCAGCCUCGGUGGCGGUAGCUGCCAUACCACCCAUGGGUUCAGCGGCCUCGGCGGCUGAAAGUUCCCAGGAGGCCGAGAGCAUUCAACAACCCCAGCAGAAUGAACCACAGCCUCAUGUUAGCGGUGGCAACGUCAAUCAAGUGCAGGUUGUGGCUUUGGUCUCCCCACGAGUUGAGGGUUCGGCUGCGGCCCCCUCCGCUCCUUCUGUAACAGUGCAGCUAAUGCAAGAUCCCAACAAUCCACAGCCCAGCACAUCACAAUCAUCAGCCAUGUGUUCCUCACACAUAGCGGUGAGCAGCCACAACAGACAUACGCCUUCGAGCAGCAAUGUUACCACCACCCAGGCGGGCACUUCGGCAGGGCACAAACGUCCACGCGAAUUAGAGGGUGACUCUUCAACUACGGGCGAUGAUAGCGACAAGUCCAAGCAUGCCAAACGCAUGAGAGCUCCCAUGCAUAGUGCAGAGGCUGCAGUGCUGACUGCCGCUGGAGUUUCGGACUCGGGCAUUGAUGUUGACCAGGUGCCCACCUCAUCACAAAGAGAUCAAGAGGAUGAUGUUGUGGUUUUGGACUCCGAAGAAGAUGAUGGCAUGGCCGAAGCCGAAGCUGAUGAGGGCGGCCCAGCCGAUGUGGAUGGAGAGCAUGAGGUUUAUGAAGACUAUGAUCAGGAUCAGGACAUGGAUGAAAAUGAAUGCCCCGAGGUCAAUGAGAGCAAUUUGCGGCCCGAUGUCAGCGAGGCCGACAACAAUGAGGUCGAUGUGGACGAGGACAUGGAAAAUCAUGGUCAGUGCAGUUCUGCUGGCGCUGCAGGCCAGGGCGAUGGUGAUCCUUAUGCCACGGGAGCCAGCACCAGUGCUGCAGCUGCCGCAGCCUUGGCUAAGGCUCACAGUCAGGAUAACAAUCAACAAAGUCAGGCCAUAAGCAGCGGCAGUGGAGAGACAACGGUGCGAAAGCAGGCGACGUUAUUGGCGCGACAGCAGAAGGCUACCUUGGUAAAAAUGCAUCAGGGUAGCGGUGAGGCCAAUGAAACACUGGAAACUAGUGGAGGUCGUCGCUCUGAUAGCUCGGAAAUUGUCAGCUCUCCCCAGGACUCAAAGUUUGGCUAUAACACCACCGACACCACCAGCUCAAACACUGCUCAACAAUCAGACGAACAUUCCGCCGACAUUGGCCAAGAAAAUCCAGAUGCUGCAGCCGAUGAAAGUGAGGCGGCUGGCGGGGAGUUCUUGGCCGAAGACUACGAUGAUGAGAAAAAGGCUGGUGAGGGCAAAGAUGGUCAAGAGGCACUGAACGAAGAAAUUGUAGAUGGCGAGGAUGAUGAUUUCAAUGAAGAAACUGGUGAUGCUGAAACAGAGAACAUGGAUGGUGAAAGUGGUGCCACACAGUCUGAGGAUAUACAACAACACCAAGUAGAGCCAACAUCGGAAGAGAAUGAAGGCGCCGAUGGGGUGUCAUCUGAAGGAGAGAAACAGGCUGUAGAAGAAAUUGAGGAGGAAGGCCGCGAAGCUGAAGCCUCUACAUCACCCUCCAUCAAUACACGUUCGAAGGCCACCAAGGGCGUGUCAUCAAAUCGCAGACCCCAACGUGGUUUCCAUCGCGGUGGUGGUGCCAAUCGGCCCACACCCAUCAUUUGGCAGGAAUCUCCUGGCAAUUCGCGUAAUUCUUCGCCCAGUCAUCGCGCACAACAACAAGACCAGCAGGGUAGUCCAGCUCGCGGCGGUUUUGGCAAUCAAAGAAACCAAAGGGCCCGUCGUAUGAGACGGCCAGCUGGCAAUUUUUCAAAUAGAUUUUAAAUGAAAUCAGACAUAGCCAUAGAUAUGUAGAGCUUCAUGGUCCAACAUUUCACACCAUUAAAACCCCAUUGGUUGUCUCUCUCUCUCUGUCUUAAUCAUUUUUUUUUUUUGUAUUUUGUGUCAUCUCCCUUGAGUGGCCCUUGAUAUUCAGCACCCACCCACCCAUCUUCUUCAUAGCGUGUGUAUAUUUUUUGUAUUUUUUUCUUUAUUUUUUUCUCUAAUGAGGUUAAUAUUGUUUUUUGUUUACCAUUUUUUACUUGGUUUUGGCUAGGGAAUACAGCCACAAAUGAAACUUGUUUCAGGCCUUCAUUUCCUGGUUUAUUGCCAAAAUUUGCCAAACAUUUUUUUUUUUAUUUUUAAUUUUCUCAUUUCCCUUACUAACUGUUACGGACGAACGCAUCCAUGUUUAUAUAUUGUAAUGGUCCUAUUGUGUACCCCGUAGUAACUUUGGAUUGAUAUAAUCGAUCGAUCGUUUGUUUGUUGUAUUCUCUUAGGUCAACUGCAUUACAAUUUCAUUUAAAUUUUUUUUUGUCUGAUGCAAAAGUCUACCGCAGCAAAUCUUCAUCUGUUUUUUCCUUUAGUUUAGUUGUAUACAUUACAUACAUACUUCUUUAUAUUAUAUAUCAUCUCUAUAAUUCACUCAUACCUAUCUACCAUCCCCACGUACAUCCAUACCUAAAAUAAAAACUUAUUUUUAAUAAUAAACUAGAAUUAGAAUUUAAUUUACUUUAAAAUAUAAAUCAACAUAAAUUUACAUACAAACUUAAUUAUAAAUUCGUAAAAACUAAAGGAAAAGCUAAAGCAAACAACAACAACUACAAAAGAAAUACAUAUUUCCAAAUAUUCAACUUAAA